AUGGAUAAGAAGCCGUCACGCUUGAAGAUUUUGGAAAAAUUGAGACCAGAUUAUUGGGGUUACGGAGGUGAGACUAUGGCGCAGGCCAUCUUGGCCACGGUCAUGGCACCUCAUACAGCAAGGGGUACACCAAAGGUUUUGAGCAGAAAGGAUAUGGGGACUACGGAAGCCACAAAUAUGGUGGAUGGGGAAGUUACGCCAAGGGACAUGAGCAAGGGUCGCAUUACGGUUCUACGUACGGUGACGAUCAUGGCCAUGGCGAUCAUGGUCAUGAACACGAACAUCACGGCUUUGAGUACGGUCACGAGCCAUUCCAUCAUCAUCAUGGUGAUCACGGUCACGAUCACCAUCAUGGCUACGACUGGCCCUACAACGGGCAUCACGGAGACCACUUCGGUCACUACUAGAGAAUGUCGUGAUAGUGGAUGUGCCAUCUCCGGUGUGAUCCAAGAUGACAUCACAUUGUAG